ACUGGUUUCCAGUUUGAUUUCGCUCGACAAGGGUGAAGCCAUGAAUAAUGGUAGAGUCCAGAAGAAUGUCAAGAUUGGCCUUUCUAAGAAUAGGCAAUUACAUUUUGAGAAGGGGAAGAGAAAACGUAUUGAAAGGACUUCAAAGAACACUUUACCUGACUUGAAGAAGGAUUCUAGUAGAGAAAAGGGUACCGAAACUAGCGGUGAUGAGUUCGCUGCUGUAGAUGAUGUCAAAUUCUUUAUGAAGUCCUUGUUGGAGGAUCUUAAGGUGGGAAGAGAGAAUUUGUUUGAGUGGAUGAAAGAGGAAAUGCAAAAGUUGGUGGUUGAUGAUGCAGAUAUUCAGCGGGAAAAGAGAGAAUUCAGACACAAAAAGAGAAGUGCCCAAGUAGAAGAUCAAGGCAAUUUUGAGAACAUUGGACUUCAUGAUCAAUAUAACUUUAAGGAGGAGAAAAACCAAGUGCAUCACCAAAAGAGCGUAAGAAAAAACAAUUUAGUUCGGCAUCAGAACAGCUUCAAGGAGGAUGUUCCUAUGCAGCAUCAAAACAAACUUCAGGGUGCAAGAGUGCAGCAUCCGAAAGAUUUCAAAGAAAAUACAAAUGUGCAGGCUCAAAACAAUUUCGAAUCCGGGAUUAGAGAACAGACCAGCAGUGAUGGAUCUUCAGAGAGGACCACCGAGAGCAACGAGGAUUCGGGUUUUGAUCAUUGUUAUCAGACACUAGAAGACUUGGAGGAUUAUGCCCAACCCGCUAGAGGAGAAAGCUUGUCAUGGCCAGCCAACCAUAGUACCCAAAUGCAUCACCAAAAGAACUUCCUAUCUUGUAGAAAAUCUGAAGGCUGCAAUGGUGGAACUUUAGUGAACUUUGUGGAAGGGAAAAGGAUGCCUAUUUCUAGUUCCCUUGAAGCGCCCGAACAUCGGGGUACUUAUGAUCAAGAAAUCGAAUCCAUUACUUCAUCUCUAAAGGAAAAUGGAGAGGACUUGGGAGUCUCUAUUGAGUCAAAUAUCACAUUUCAUCCUUCCAAUCAGGCAGAUUCUUCCAUGCACUUAAUGCUGCCCACCGCAUUAACUGGACAGCCUUGUCUUGAGAGUCAUAGACUUGGCAUUUCGUCUGAUAAUUAUAUUCAACCAUCUGGAAACAGAAGAAUUAUAAAUUUUGGAGGUGCAGAUCAUAACGGAUAUUUUUCGGGCGUGCAAACGGGAGAACCAAAGAGAAGCUUUGCUAGACUAUGUUUUGGAAAUGUGGGCUCUUUUGUCCAAAAGAGCACACCAAAUUCAAUAAUUGGAACUGACUUUCCUGUUUCUCUUUCUCAGAGUACAGAUACCAGUUUUAAUACUCCGAGAAACGAGUUCAUUAUCGACCGAGAUAGAAACAACAUAUCGAGUUUGAAGAUGGAUGUGGGAGCCAUAAACUACUCUGGAGGAAGCUAUGAUUUAUCAGAAAAUCAUGUUGCCAACAAAGUUUAUCAGCCAUUCAAAUAGAAAAAGCUCAUACUUGGCUUAACUCAUUCUCAAAUCCCAAGCCUCAGAGACAAGGAACAUUCACUAAUUUUCUUUGUUCUAGAGGUGUAACUUGGCAUACCCUGAUUGUCCCGAGUAGAACAAUUAAAAGAAGCAUCCUAUCACAGUUGAGAUUUG